UCACCCAAGCCUUCAACCUCGAAGCCGCUCCGGCGAAACCAGUGCGCGCCAACUCAUCCUCAGAGAGUUGGAGGGCCGCUCUUGGAGCAGAACGGACGACAUCCACCCGACAAACAAAGCCAAGAUGUCGAGCUACGUAUCCUCUGAGUGCCGCCGGGUCAGCCCGUCUGUCCACGGCAACAAAUUUGACACUGCGCACCGCAAGAAAGCAGUGGCCAACAUUUUUGAGAACGUCAACCAGGACUCUCUGAUGAGGCUCUUCCAGAAAACAGGUGACAUGAAGGCGGAGGAGAGAGUGAGGAGCAUCUUCUCCUACACCCAGGACCCGGAGGAGACGGCCCGGGCUCUGAUGGCUCUGAAACAGCGCAAGAAGGACAAGUUCCUCCAGAUCGCUGGCAUGGUCCGACAGCUGCUCAAGCUGCGUUGAACCGUCUCUGUCGGCUCUUGUGUGAGCCGAAUGUGAAAACACUCCCCGGUAUGACUGGGCUGCCGCAGCAGGAACGGCUCACCUGACGCAAGGAAAUGUGCGGAGGUGAAGAAAAUGUGCAGCCGGGCCGCUUGGAGGGCAAACAGGCUGCAGCUGUCACCUCAUGGACGGAAGGUGACAGCGAGGGGUCCCUGCUAUGAGCGGAUGGAGCAAGAAGAACAGAGUUGGGAAUAUGAAGGGGAAUCUUCCCUGAGACUUGAACUGAUGAAUGCAUUCCUGUGGAUGCUUGACUGUGAAGCAGCACCUGGUGCAAGGUGCACACCGCGCUGAUGCUGGUGUAAAAAUCUGCAAAAAUGAGACUCUAUAGUGCCGAAGAAACUACAUGAAUGCCUGUCCUGAACACAUGCCUUGUCUUUCAGCUUCACUGUGUUACAUGAACACUGUCAUUAGUGGCCACUAAUGUGUUUUUUUUUUGUUUGUUUUUUUGUCACGAACAUGUUAUAAUGAUGAUUUGCAUUUAUGACAUGUUUCUUUGUCUGUCAUUUUUAAAAUAAAUUAUUGCAUUAUAUACUAAAGAUGAA